GCUGCCAUUGCCACUCACACUCCCCGCGCGCUGCUCGGAGCCGGAGGGAACGCAGGGAGCCAGCUAGCGAGCGCUCGGAGCCCGGGCCAGCAGAGGGGGCGCCCGGCCGCUGUCUGCACCGCCGCCUCGCCGCGCUCCGGAGCCCGGGGAGGAGCGAGGGCGAGUCUGAGAGUCGGGAGCCGAGCCGGCGAGACCCAACUGCAGGAGGGCGCCCGCCCCACUCCGCAGCCUCCUGCGCCCGAGCCGGGGAGUCCCCGCCGAUCGCCCUGAGGGCCGGAGGGCAGGGAGGACAAGUCCCCGCAGCCCCAGGGAUGGUCUAGGAGCCGGCGCGAGGCUCGCCGUUUGCUCCCAGCCGGGGCUCGCCGCCUCCUGCGGAUCGCCCAGGGCUGCGCGCCGCGGCGGCCGGGGGCUGCGCGCCCGGGCGGCCCAGGCCGGAGAAGUUAGUUGUGCGCGCCGCUCGAGCGCGGAGUCAGCGAGCGGGCGAGGGAGGCAGAGAGGCGCCGGGGCCAUGGGCUGGGGGAGCCGCUGCUGCUGCCCGGGACGCCUGGACCUGCUGUGCGUGCUGGCGCUGCUCGGGGGCUGCCUGCUCCCCGUGUGCCGGACGAGAGUCUACACCAACCACUGGGCAGUCAAAAUCGCCGGCGGUUUCCCGGAGGCCAACCGCAUCGCCAGCAAGUACGGAUUCAUCAACAUGGGACAGAUCGGGGCCCUGAAGGACUACUACCACUUUUACCAUAGCAGGACGAUUAAAAGGUCAGUUCUCUCGAGCAGAGGAACCCACAGUUUCAUUUCAAUGGAACCAAAGGUGGAGUGGAUCCAACAGCAAGUGGUAAAAAAACGGACAAAGAGGGAUUAUGACUUCAGUCGUGCCCAGCCGACUUACUUCAACGAUCCCAAGUGGCCAAGCAUGUGGUAUAUGCACUGCAGUGACAACACGCAUCCCUGCCAAUCAGACAUGAACAUCGAAGGAGCCUGGAAGAGAGGCUACACGGGGAAGAACAUCGUGGUGACCAUCCUGGAUGACGGCAUCGAGAGAACCCAUCCGGAUCUGAUGCAGAAUUAUGACGCUCUAGCGAGCUGUGACGUGAAUGGGAAUGACCUGGACCCAAUGCCUCGUUAUGACGCAAGCAACGAGAACAAGCAUGGGACCCGCUGUGCUGGAGAAGUGGCAGCCGCAGCAAACAACUCUCACUGCACAGUCGGAAUUGCUUUCAACGCCAAGAUCGGAGGGGUUCGGAUGCUGGAUGGUGAUGUCACGGACAUGGUUGAAGCGAAAUCGGUUAGCUUCAAUCCCCAGCACGUGCAUAUCUACAGCGCAAGCUGGGGCCCGGAUGAUGACGGCAAGACCGUGGACGGACCGGCUCCCCUCACCCGGCAAGCCUUUGAAAACGGCGUUAGAAUGGGGCGGCGAGGCCUCGGCUCUGUUUUUGUCUGGGCCUCAGGAAACGGUGGAAGGAGCAAAGACCACUGCUCGUGUGAUGGCUACACCAACAGCAUCUACACCAUCUCCAUCAGCAGCACAGCCGAGAGCGGCAAGAAGCCUUGGUACCUGGAAGAGUGUUCGUCCACGCUUGCCACCACCUACAGCAGCGGGGAGUCAUACGAUAAGAAAAUAAUUACCACGGAUCUGAGGCAGCGCUGCACGGACAACCACACUGGGACCUCGGCCUCGGCCCCCAUGGCCGCGGGCAUCAUCGCACUGGCCCUGGAAGCCAAUCCGUUUCUGACCUGGAGAGACGUGCAGCAUGUUAUUGUCAGGACUUCCCGUGCAGGACAUUUGAACGCUAAUGACUGGAAAACCAAUGCUGCUGGUUUUAAGGUGAGCCACCUGUACGGAUUUGGACUGAUGGAUGCGGAAGCCAUGGUGACGGAAGCCGAGAAGUGGACCACCGUUCCCCAGCAGCACGUGUGCGUGGAGAGCACAGACCGACAAAUCAAAACAAUUCGGCCCAACAGCGCGGUGCGCUCCAUCUACAAAGCCUCGGGCUGCUCAGAUAACCCCAACCACCACGUCAACUACCUGGAGCACGUCGUCGUACGCAUAACCAUCACCCAUCCCAGGAGGGGAGACCUGGCCAUCUACCUGACCUCGCCCUCGGGAACCAGGUCCCAGCUGUUGGCCAACAGGCUUUUCGAUCAUUCUAUGGAAGGAUUUAAAAACUGGGAGUUCAUGACCAUUCAUUGCUGGGGAGAACGAGCCACUGGUGACUGGAUCCUUGAAGUUUAUGAUACCCCCUCCCAGCUGAGGAACUUCAAGACUCCAGGGAAAUUGAAAGAAUGGUCUUUGGUCCUCUACGGCACCUCCGUGCAGCCCUACUCACCGACCAACGAGUUUCCCAAAGUAGAACGGGUCCGCUAUAGCCGAGUCGAAGACCCCACCGAGGACUACGGUCCAGAGGAUUAUGCAGGCCCCUGUGACCCUGAGUGCAGCGAGGUUGGCUGCGGCGGGCCGGGACCAGAGCACUGCGACGACUGCUUGAACUACUCCUACAAGCUGAAAAACAACACCAGGAUCUGUGUCUCCAGCUGCCCCUCCGGCCACUACCAUGCUGACAAGAAGCGAUGCAGGAAGUGUGCGCCCAACUGUGAGUCCUGCUUUGGGAGCCAUGGGGACCAGUGCCUGUCCUGUAAAUAUGGGUAUUUCCUCAAUGAAGAAAUCAACAGCUGCCUUACCCACUGCCCUGACGGAUCAUACCCGGACACCAAGAAAAAUGUUUGCCGGAAAUGCAGUGAAAACUGCAAGACAUGUACCGAUUUCCACAACUGUACGGAAUGUAGGGAUGGGUUAAGCCUGCAGGGAUCCCGGUGCUCCAUCACCUGCGAGGACGGGCAGUACUUCAAUGGCCAGGACUGUCAGCCCUGUCACCGCUUCUGUGCCUCUUGUGCUGGGCCGGGCGCUGACGGGUGUAUUAACUGCACGGACGGCUACUUGAUGGAGGACGGGAGAUGUGUGCAGAGCUGUAGUCUCAGCUACUAUUUUCACCACUCUUCAGAGAACGGACACAAAUCCUGCAAAAAAUGUGAUGCAAGCUGUUUGACGUGCAACGGUCCAGGGUUCAAGAACUGUACGAGCUGCCUCAGCGGGUAUCUCUUAGACUUAGGGACGUGUCAGAUGGGAGCCAUCUGCAAGGACGCAACGGAAGAGUCCUGGGCCGAAGGAGGCUUCUGUACGCUAGUGAAAAAGAACAAUUUGUGCCAGCGGAAGGUUCUUCAGCAACUUUGCUGCAAAACAUGUACAUUCCAAGGCUGAGCAGCCACCCUAGAUUUCUUUGUUCCUGUAGACUUAUAGAUUACUCCAUAUUAUUAUUAAAAAGAAAAAAAAAACCAAGCAAAAAAAAAAAAAAAGCAAGCCACCUCUCUCUUUUUUGCUCUCUUUUUUGCUCUCUCUCAAAUUUGUGCAGGGAGAUGGUGAACUGUUUUGUCAGAACUUAAAUGGAAAAAAAAAAAAUAAACCUACAACAAGCCUACCUUUUAUAACUGGGUGUUUAGUGCUAAACAGCCAGAGCCACAGAGACAGUAUUGUAUGACCAAAGCAUUUGAUGCCAAAAUUUGACGUUAAAGUAAUGAUUUGAUUUCCUGCCCUGGUUUUGAAGGUCCAUUUUUUUUUCCCCUUUGCAUUUACUUGCUUGUUUCCCCUUUGAGACGCCUAAAAAUACCUUUCAAAAACAUCACAAGAGCAAACAUAGAUCAAAAUCAAAGAGAAAGCUCUUGCAUCUGUCAUUUUGCACGCUUGAGUCCACCGUUGGGGGAAAUGGCAGAAAAGUGGACCGAAGGGCAUUAAGAACAUCCCGCAGAGUUGUAUUCAGUGUCGUUUGUCUUAGUUUUUCACAGUUGAACAUUGAUCCUUUCCACACAUAAUUUACUUCAUGCAUUAUGUGCUGGUUUUGGCAUUAUACUCACUUGAUAAGUCGGCUCCACUGGUUUCAUCAGCUAGACUUGCUGCUGCUGGCUUUGGCUUUGCAAAUUGGGUUAUUUUACACACAGCUGGUCAGAUGGGAUCACUCUGCGUAGUCAAAUUGGUGAUGGACAGAAUGCAAAGUUACACAAAAUAGCUGGGACGGAUCCAGCUCCCCUGAAAUCCGGAGUGUUCACUUUGUAGACCUUGCACGAUCUCCUGGUGCUAUAUGGCCGUUAUCCCCAUAGCAUUUUUUUUAAAGGCCAUCAGAAAUUCCAUUUGUUGUGAUGGGAAGCAUUUUGGAUAUGAUGCGGGACAUUUCUUCCUGGAGUCCAAAGUUUCUAAAAGGUCCUGUAUUUUUUAAGAAAUGGAAUUAUUUAAAUAAUAUUUAAGCUUGUGCCCAAGUUGGCUGGGCAGCGUUCUUCAAUGGUGCUUAUUAGAAGUUUUAUCCUUUUGUCAUUUUCAGAAAAUAAAACUGGAAAUUGAAGAUGGGUGGCAUGAUUGUACCCUCCUGGUUCUGUUAUUUCCCACUCCUCUGUCCCUCUAACCGUGCUAUGAUACAUCUGUCCACUGGAUGUCAAUGAGGUCGUCUGUUUUCUCGGAAAUAUCCUCACCAGUUUUCUACAAUUCUUAAAUACAUCCUGGAAUCUAGUAGACUGAAUUAUGUGAAAACUAUUAUGGAUCAGUGGUUAGAAAUGAUGCCUGAUAGAUCUUUUUACCGAUUCUGAGUUUCUCUAUUUAGGGGAGGGUAGACUCAUAUCAAAGCUCCAUUGGUGACCUCAUUUGCUUUGGGAGUGACCAGCCAUCUUUCGGGCUUGAUGCUUUGAUAGCUUCACUCCCAAGAUGUCACUGGCGUCACAGCUGAGAACAGGGAUGAUAUCAAUAGAGAUUCCUUGGAGAAGGAGCUGGGAAGUGGAUGCUAAGAUCCGUACCCAAUCAAUCAACAAGCUAGGGGAAAGCCUACCUUGAAAAUACUCAUUCCUACACAUCAAAGUUAAUGUCCGACCUAAGGUGAAUAAUUAGAAUCUAAUGACCCUCUCAGUAGCAUUAUAGUAAUACUGAGUCACAUAAUGACUCAUAAGUAACUAGGGACUCAACUGAUUUUGCUGAGCAACUUUCAUUUUCCUAACACUGCAGAUCCUUCUGAUCUGAAAGGAAGUUAAUCGGGGGAGUGGCCGAUAGUCUCACAUUUAAAGGCACAGUCCCCAAAUGGACAAGCGCAAGCCUAAAGCAAGGUCAAGCAGAUGGCAAAACCAGAUUUGCCUGCAAAGGAAUCCAUUUGACUGAACCAGCCCAUACUAUUUGAGGCACAAAGUCACUAUGAUAAGAAAGAUAAAAAUAAUGUCUGUGUUCUUGGACAAAUAACCAUCAACAUGACAGCCAAAUUCACUGGGGUCCACCAAUGUGCGUUCCAUUUCCCACCGACCAUGCAGGCGCACAUCAUGGAAAUACUGGUUUAACUACUAGUGUGUCACUGCCUCGUUUAUCUACAGAAUAUUAUUAACUAGGACAUAAUGCUUUCAACGUUUAAGUUAAUGUUAUAUAUUAUGUAUAAAUAUAUAUAUUCAUAAUGAGAUAUAUGUAAUGGAUAGUACAAAGUUUGGAGACUUAACAAAUGCUCUAACCUUCUAGAGACAAAAGUCCUAUCUUCUGUUUUCUUUUGUCUUUUUUUAUUUUUAAUUAGUGAUCCACUGUUAAAUCCAAAUCCACUUUUACUGAAAAAUACUGUACAUGUGUAAAAUGUUCAGUUGUUUUUUUGUAAAAUAUAGUAGAAUGGUUGUAAUUGAUACUGGCCAAAAUCAAUGUUAUUCCAUAUUUUAUUUUUUCUAUUAAAUUAACCUAAG